AUGGUCCACCCACCCAACACCCUCCUCCUCAACAACAGCUCCACACCCACAAACAGCAGCAUCCGCUGCGGUACAGCAGUCGCCUGCACCAGGGCCACCCGUGUUCUCAUCCUUGUCUGCGGGCCCAUCAGUGAUGCCCGUCGGUUCCAUGCGCUGCGUUGGUCCCGUGACAGCGACGCCGAUACCGCCGUCUCGCCUCGCAGCCAGAGACAGCAGCCAAGCGCCACACCCAACACGUGCGCAUGCCCCGGCGUCCACAGCCAACACACCCACUUGCACGGCCACCUCCACAGCCACCUCCACGACUACCAGCAUGGCUCCACCCGCGACUACCACAUCCACACCCUCCUCGCAGCAGAGAGCGGCAGCCCGUCCUUCGGCACCAACGACGCGCCGCACCCGCACCCCAGAACCAACCUCAGCCCCCGCCACAUCAUCGACAACACUCCCCCCAGGUCCCCGGAGCUCACGGUGACCCGAUACCUCACCUCCGAGCACACCUCUGCUGAUGGCACAUCAAAAACAAAGGCCAACUACUACAUUUUUCACAAGGAUAAGCCUUCGUCUGCGGCUUCAUCUGCCACUCCUGCGGCACAAACAGCAGACCACUCCGCCGUGGCAGAGCACGCACACGCCUCUUCAACCCCACAAACAGCGACAACCGAACCUGUAAUCCCCCGCAUCAUCACGAGAAACCUGGGCCACACCAGCGCCCUUCCACCGGUGCCAGGGGUCACAGCAACGAGGCGCACGUCCAGGUCGUCGCCUCACCCCAACUUGGACCACACGCCCUACGUUGGUGUGGAUACAGCGCUGCCAGCUACAAUCGUGUACAACGCUUCCGCGGAGACCCCUGCGGAGCAGCACCAGCAGUGCCAGAAUCCCAGCCCACAGCACAGUGCUCACACCACGACCAACGCCACUGCGCAGCCAGUCCGUCACAGAUCCGCACCAACCCAUUUCAAGUGGCAUGGUGCUUCAAACACCGGUCCAGCCCCAGAAUACGGCACCAGCCAGCCCUCAACAACAACGCGCGCAAGCAGGCCCCAGUACACACAGCAGCAGCAGCAGCAGCAGCAGCAGCAGCACCCGCAGCCGCAGCCGCAGCCGCAGCAGCAGCAGCAGGGGCAGGGGUCCACGGCACAAGGUCAGCCCACUGCAGCCCAAGCAAAUUUCCAUGACAGCACACGCACGGCGGGAAAGGGAAGCACAGCAGCAGCAUCAACAGCGACAACAGCGACAACAGCGACAACAGUGGCGUCACCGAAGCGGCAUGGCAAGAAGCACAAGAAACACAAAGACAGCAAACACGACAAGAAGCACAAGAGGCGGAAGAAACACAAGAAGGACGGCGAUAAGAAGAAAGACCAGGCCGAGGACAGCACCGAAGGCAGUGGCAGUGCGGCUGCAAGCGCAGCGACUCAUGGUGGCAGUGAUGGGCUGAAGAAUGGUGACACAAGGGACGACACGGUGUCCACGGGCCCCGCAGAAGACAGCUCCAGGGUCAGCAUACCGGGGGCAGUGACCAGGACACAAGGUCCGUCGAAGGCCCCGAGCCAGAAGGAAGCAUCAGCGACCACAGCAGCCGAUGGCGGUGGUCGGGUGAUGGGCGACUCGAGCACAUCCAGCAGCGAUAGCAGUGAUAGUGAUAGUGACAGCUCCAGCUCCAGUGGUGAUGAAGGGGAGCGAAGGAAGAAGAAGAAGCGACGGCAAGCCAAGCACAACAAGAAGGAGAAGAGGAGAAAGAAGUCCAGGAAGAAGAAGUCCAAGAAGAAGAAGUCAAAGAAGAAGAAGAGAAACAAAGAGCAGGAGCAGAUCGCAGAGAAGAACAAAGCUCAGCGCAAGGAGCAGGAGAACACACCCCUGCCGCAACAGACACCAGCACCAGGAACAGCACCAGCGCCAGCGCCACCACAACACGCACCACAAAUGAGUCAGGCCUCGAUGCAGCCGACGCCCCUCCCACCGCAACAGCAGCAGUAUUACCAGCCGCAGCAGCUCCAAGCGCAAGCACAUCACGACAGUGCUGGCAAUGAGCAUCCACCCCAUUGGCCUCAUUCGCAACAGCCGACCACCACCUCUGCAACAGCUCACGUCACCAGCAGCAGCAACAACACGUCUGGCCAACACACAAGCUACCACAGCAGUGUGGCGCAUCACCGAAACAUGUACAGCCCAUUGCAGAGGACGGCUGCCAAUCCUACCUUUGCUGUUCCGCCCUACUCGGAUGGGAGGAAGAAACCGCGACCGACGUGGGACCCGGCAGCGCGGCCCCCUGUUCCCCUGCAAAGCACGCUGGCCGGGGCGGACGAAGGGGUGAAGGCCAAGGCGAAAGCCCCGCCGAAGCAAGCCGGUGAACAGAAGAAAAGGAGGAAGAAGAGGACCAUGCCACCGAAGCCAAAGGAGCUGAGCAAGGAGGAGAAGGCGAGGAUAAGGGAGAAGGAGAGGGAGAAGUUGAAGGCGCAGAUGAAGCUGUAUGAAUACCACGAGCCUGUCGACGUCGGUCGAAUGCCCACACCCAUUUCCGGACCCCCCGUCAUCGGACAGUCAACAGCAACAGUAGCAGCAGCAGCAACAACAACAACAGCAGCAGCAGCAUCAUCCCCAUCCUCAUCCUCACUGCCCCCGGCAGUGCACCCCGAGCUGGCCCACGUAGCCCCACCUGCAGCAGCCAGCCAGCCUCGACCUUUUUCACCGCCAUCGGGCCCGGCACUGAGCCCACAGCCGAUGUCCGAGCCCCAGUCUCCGCUGAGCAAGGGUGCCCCACAGCCAGCAGCAUCAGCACCAGCCCCCACCGGGCAUCAACCAGUCAAGAGCCGGCAAGCGGCAACGACACCAGCCGCAACAGCAUCAGCCAAACCAAGAGCAGCAACAUCGAAGUCGACGAAACGGUCCAAGCCAUCUCGCACCCGCACUCGCAAGCGCAGGACUGCUGUGGUUGAUGCCGACCCACAAGCGGUUCCCGCGAAGGAAAAAGGCGGUGAAACCACCAACAGGGGGAGCAGGAGAAGGAAUAACGGCGCAGCUACCAAAGUGAAAGAUGCAGAGACAACCACCGUAGCUGACUCACAGGCGAAUGGCGACGUCAGCGCUCGAGAAACGACGGGGGAUGGCCGUUCCCCAGCGAUGCCACAUGGAGACCGGGUUACGGUUGAUGACAUGGUCAACGGUGAUGCGGCCGGCGAACCAGCAGCACCCGCGCCCCAAUUGUCGAGUGCCAACUCUGCUCGCAAGGUAGCUGCCAGUGUCGAUGACGCUGACCCUGAUGAUGAUGAUGAUGAUGGUGACUGCGAUGACAAUGGUGACAACGGCGCGGGUGAUGACGACGAUGGUGAUGAGGGCUCGUCCUUGAGCGCCGAGCAGUCGACCAGCGAGAACAAAGGGCCCGAAUAUCUUCAACUACGACGCAAGGGCCAAAGCAAAGGCAAAACGACCAACACCAACAAUCUGCAAGACGAGCCUCUCUGGGCACCCAAUUGCAUCGAAUCGCAACACUUGCCUCAGCCCAACACUGAACCGCCAUCCAAAGGCAUCAGCGGGCAGCUCAUGUGGAUCGCCCCACCGCCAGACGUGCUGUCAGAAGAAGAGCUCUCGGCGUUUGUGGACGAAAACGCUGUGUCCUCUGCGGCUGAGAUGAUGGGGCAUACACUUGAGCUUGUGCUUGGCGUCCUCAUGGAGGCAAACUACAACCCGGAGCUUGCCCGACAGAUGCUUGCUUACAUCCCGCGCAACAGAAUCAACUACCGACCACAAGUGAUGAACACCUGGACUACAAAGGAGGAGAGCGUGCUGGAGAAGUACGCCAAAAGGAUCCAAGUGGAAGAAAAUCCAGCAGCCUGGGGGUGGGCGGGUCGCUUUGGAAAGAAGAUCAAUCGUCGCCCUGAGCAGCUCUCCGAGCAUCUUAUGCGCGAGCGCUCGCUCAAGCGCGGCGAGCGAUUCAGGAGACGCCAAUUCAUGAUUCCCGUGGCAUUCGAUCCCCAAGGCCCAUACGCAGGCAGAGGGCGCCAAGCGCUUGCCGAAUACGAAGCAAACAACCUUCGCGGAUGGCGCAGGACAAUGCGCGACGUGGAUGCGACUUGCGUUCCACUGCAUUCUACGGACGAAGAGGUUGUUGACUCUGAUCAGUUGCGGUCGCCGACUGCGUCAUCGGCGCAGCCCGAAGACCAGCAGAGCGGUGGCGAUGAGGUCGCCCAGGAACAGCGACCCGACGACGGGGCGGGAAGUUCUGUUGUCACGUCCGCGGAUGUGUCAUUAACGCAGCCGCCCGCAGGGGCAGCUGCGUCCAAGGCCGAGAAGGGAGCGGGUGCAAAGGGCAAAGGUCCAGCGGCCGUUGGCGCGGCAGUAGCGGCACCAUCAUCGUCGAUAGCGGCAGGCGCGCGACGACCCCGAAAGGCGGCGCAGGCGACGACGCAGCCGAAGCGGGAGCCUGCAGGCGGUGUGGCAGAGGAGAAGGCGCCAAAGAGAAAGGGCCCACAGGAGAGGGAGCAGGAGCAGCAGCACGCAAAGGACAAGGACAGGGACGAGAAGGAGGGAGCCGAGGAGAUCCAGAAGAAGAAGAAGAAGGAAAGGGUUGAUUCUGAUCGCCCAGCAGACCAAGCAACCCAGGCACAAGAGCGGUCAGUCCAACCGCGCCGCACAAACCGCCGCAUCAAACCUCCAAAGAAGCUUGGGAGCGAGUCGCCGGAGAAGGCGGCGGCGAGUUCAGCCCGUCGGCGGUCAAGUGGAGCCAAGCGCAAGGCCGAGCCCGCCACGACAGCAAGCAAGGCGCCGCGGUCAGCUGCUGCACGCAGGAGCACCGGCAACGAGGCGAGCAAGGCAACGGUGCAUGGGGCGCGUGGACGUGGGCGUGGAACAGGGCGUGACGCGGAGCCAUCUCGCCGUGGACGCGGCCGACCAAAGGGAUCCAGCAACAAAAAGCCCGUGCAGACGUCGCCAAUGACGCAACGCCAGAGGGAGAAGCAAGAGAAGGAGAAGCAAGAGAAGCAAGAGAAGGAGAGGCGGGAUAAGGAGAGGCAGGAAAAGGAGAGGCAGGAGAAGGAAAAGCGAGAAAGAGAGAAGGCAAAGAGGAAGAAGGAAAAGGAGGAGAAGAAGAAGAAGGACAAGGACAAGGACAAGGAGAAGGAGGGGAAGAAAGAGAAGGGCAAGCGGUCGACGGGGUCGGGGUCUGCCGCUGCGGCUGUCGAGGAGCCGCCGCAGCCUUUCUUCAAAGUCGAGGCCGUCCUCAAGUCCAGAACCAGGAAGCGCCGGCGGGAGUACCUGGUCAAGUGGGCAGGUUACUCCCACGAACACAACAGCUGGGAACCCGAGCGCAACUUUACCCCGGGCGUCAUCGAUGCCUUUUGGGCCAAAGUGAAGCAGGAGCGUCUCGAGCGAGUGCAACUUCAAGAGAAGCGGAGGGCAGCGAGUGCUGGCGGCAAUGAGGGCGCUGACGACGAUGGGGCCGACAACAGCGACAAGGACCAAGCCAGUGAAGGCCAGCCAGCAACGAAGCGAGCCAAGCAGCAGCAAGAGAGGGCGUGA